UAGUAGUUGGGUUAUCAUUAAAAAGACAAAUACAUUAAAACACAAGUUGAUGAAACUUUAAACACGUAAGGUAAUGUUUACUGGUGACGAACGCUAUGCCAUUUGUCAAAAACAGGCAAAAUAUUCAUGCUUAACAAUUUAGCUAACGUCUAUAAUGUAUUGAAUGUUUCUUCCUUCCUUCCAUCACUAUGACCCGUUGCCCAAUUAAUAAGAUGCACAGUCAUGUACUCCCUCACUCAUGGACGGUAAUUCCACAGGCAACCAAGUCAUUCAUUUAUCAAAAAUGCAUUUUCAUCGUUUUCAUUCCCAAAGUGACUCUUCGAAACACGUCAUAUGAGCCAUGUACAUCCUUGAAGUAUUUCAGAUACAAUGACGAAAGUAGGUCUGAAAUUGACGAAUUUACCUAUACAGAUCAGCGACAAUCCCAAAGACGUAUAAUUCUAUAAUUGAGAAAGCGCUCUGAUAUAAGUUUCAAAAUAUCCGAUUUCCAUAUCCUAUUGGACAUACGCUCGCCCACGGCACACCUGUCUGAGGUCAUGGAAAGUCCGUAUUUGCGGGCCCAUGAAAUGAAACAAGGCGACUUGACUGAUGUCACUCACACGCUUCCAGCGCACGGAUUUCUAUUUCCAAGGGAGAUAACCGAGAACGGAGUCACGCGUUAGCCUAUGUCCUGUUCAUAAACUUGGUUUUACAACGACACAAUGGCCACGCCUUCGCUUGCUGAUAUUCACCGAUUGGUGCUGGAGAGGGUCAAAGGUGAUCCCUAAUAAUAUCAAGAAAAACCCAAAUAAGAUUUGGAAAGUUUCAGGUUUACACAAUUUCCAAAUAUAUCUUUCGUUCGUUCCGCUUUGAACAUAUAAAUACUCCGUUAGAUGAGAUUUAUUUCAUAACUUCUGCUCUCUUCUGAACAUAGUACCAACAUUCUGCUUUGCAGACUUUAUAACUGAAACUAUUUCACUUCGAACGAUCUUAUCUGUCAACAUGGAUCAGUUGUUAUUUUCUCUUUCACUGACAACAGCUGUGCUGUUUUCCUCACAACUUAUAUCGACAUCUUAUGCUGCACCACUACCUCAAGGGAACGGCCGCUGGGUUAAUCCGUGCGGCGGUAGUACCCCCGUCUCAGGAGUAUCAUUGAACCUUCCAACCCCUCCGCCUAAACCUAUCAAUACGGAACUGACGUCACUCAAACUGAUGGCUCAAACGGCAAGCAGCCUCAGCGACGAAAUGACCUAUACAAUAAAGCCCCGGAUUGGUUCUUCUGUAGCCGCAGAACUUGAUUCACAUGCCCCCUUGGAAGGAUUCCCCGACACAGGCGCUUCCUUUACUGCAGGAAUAAAGGUUGAAGAGAUGCUCUUGAAAGAAGUAGAACGUCUGUCCAAGAUUGGAGUUUUCCUGGAACAAGCUGGUUUGGAUACGUACGACUAUACGGACAAAAUUGAACAACUCGAAAACAAAUACGUGGAAAUGUUGUGUAAGAUGCACAUCAUCUUGAAAGGAUUGAAACAGGAAGUAACGACAGUCGUGUCACGUGACAUCAUGCUGAGCGAGUACAGAAAUCUCCAUGAAAUCGCUCACAUCGACAUGAGGAAUUACCUCAUCAUCAGGGACGCACAACGAAUCUUUGUCGCUGUAUCCGAAGGAGUGGAUGCUUAUAUGGAGGAAAACAAUCUGUAACUCUGCCCAAGCCCUUAAUUUAUUCCCUGUCGUUACUAAGUUAUUUUUAUGCAUUUAUCGUUUUAAUUUAUUUAUGUAUUUUAUGAACUUAAUUUAUUUGAUAUCAUUCCAAUCCAUUUUGUAUGUAUAUGAAUUUGCAUAUUGUGUGUUAUAAGUCUGUGUUAAGACGAGAUAUUUAAGAUGUUGUGAUCUUCAAAAGUUCCCACUGCCGUCCACGAAUCUGAAUCAUCAUGUUGGCAUUUUUGCCAACUCAUCCUGUAUAUUUAACGCAUGUGAGCAUUUUCUAUUUACUUAUAUCAUGAAUAUACCGCCAUGACUCGAUGUUAUAAAUAUCCCAAUAUUGUAUAUAUGAAAAGAUGUUCUUUCAUUCCCUCUAUCAAAACAACCACAUUUCAGGACAAACAUAUAUUGAUGAAUUUAUUUA